CGAUUCCAAUCUGCAAGAAGUUCAUGCCCAUGGGGGUUCAUUUUUGAAUAAUUUGUGUUUUGGAUCCAGGUGUUUCUUGUAUUGUUUUUCCGCUAUAUGUUCGAAAACCCUAGUUUCAUUUUGGAGCUCUUGGAUUGAACAAAACCCUAGCAUUUGUUCUGGUGCAACAUCUACGAUCACGGGUUAUAACGAGACUUUAGUCUGUUUUGGAUGGAUCAUGCGGGAAAUGGAUUUAUGAUUCGUGGAAAGCGCGAUUCUACGCAUUAGUCUGUUUUAUGUGGUUGCGAUUAUAUUGAAACAAGUGGUAAACGGGAGUUGGAGAUUAAUAAAUUCUUGCGGAGGGAGCUUGGAUUAAUGGAGUUUCACUUUUUGAUGGAUUUUGAUGCGCAUUCAGCUGGAUCAAACAUGAGAAUGCCUCUGAGUUUGCGUUUUUAAUUCUGUCCGACUUGAAUUAGGCUCGAUUGAAAUAACAAAUUCGAGGACAAGGUGACGGAGAGAAGUUUUAGCAUGUUUCGUGCAUUAAAUCAAAUUGUUCUCUCUAAAGAAUGAGCCGGUAUAUCAUUCAAUAAGCGUAGAAUUAGCGGCAAUCUUCGGCGGCUUUGUUUGUUAAGCUCUCGCUAUUGUUUAGUAAACUGGUUCUGGUGCUGUUGAAGACUUUUGCAUAUUGAUCGAUUGCAGUGGUAAACUUGUUUAGAUUAAGCAUAGGAUCAUGAGCCUCAAGAAGGAUGAUUCGAACGCACACGAUCAGACUGCUACAGUACAGCAUGAUUUACGAAAGAAACCAAAGUUUUCUUACACGAGAGAUUUCCUGUUGUCCCUCAGCGAUUUGAAUGUCUGCAAAAAGUUGCCGAGCGGUUUUGACCAAUCAAUUAUUGCUGAAUUUCAAGAAGCUUCCUAUGAUAAGCAAAGAGUUUCUGGAGGUUUGUCUUUUAGUAGUUUUAGGUGCAAUGAGUAUGGUUCAUCACCACCCAGUAGGGCAGAAACGGGUAAUUAUUCUCGUCGCAUACAUGGAAAGAGGGACGUUCAUACUUCUGGACGAAGUGAUAAGGAUAGUGACUCACAAUCCGAUAGGGAUUCAGUGGAUUCUGGGUGGCGAUAUGGCGACCAUUCUAGGAGGUCUUCGCAGGGUCCUGAACAUGAUGGACUUCUUGGUAGUGGUUCCUUUCCUAGACCAUCUGGAUAUGCAACAGCAUUUUCGGGACCAAAGGUUCGAGCAAAUGAUCAGUACCAGCUCAACAGAAGCAAUGAGCCAUAUCAUCCACCUCGCCCUUACAAGGCCGUAGCCCAUCAAAGAGGGAAUACUAAUGAUUCGUACAAUCACGAAACUUUUGGUUCUUCCGAGUACACAAGUGACAAUAGGGUUGAAGAGGAAAAAAAGAGAAGAGCUUCAUUUGAGUCAAUGAGGAAAGAACAACAUAGGGCAUUUCAUGAAAGUCACAAAUCAAAUCCUGUGAAGAAGAGAGAUGAGUUUGACAUCCUAAUGCAGCAGGAUGAGUCAAAGGAUGACGAGAAAUUACUGAAUACAAACAGUGGUUUCGAUGAAUCUAUCUCUUUACAAACUUCAAAGAAUGAUCGAGAAAAAUCUUUUCCAUCUCAGGCAACUGUAUCUAGGCCACUUGUGCCUCCUGGAUUCACAAGCACUGUAUUGGAGAAAAACUCAGGAAUGAAAUCUUCAGUUAAUUCUCAUUUGCUCGAGGGUAAGGAUGAUGUUGACAAGUGUCUGCAAACCAAAGAAGAGCAAUUGCUUAAUGGGAUCUCUGAAAAUUUAGAGGAAAAAGGUUCAUCAGAGCAAGUGGGUCGCCCUGAACAAUCUGGAAAAAUGAACAUUAAUGCUCUGACUAACAACAAUAGUGAAAGGAUUAUUGAUCCGUUUUCAGUUGUAGACAUGUCUAAUAAAACAACUAGAAAAGAUGUUCAAUCGCGUGAAAAUUCUUUGGACGUUUUUGAAGCUUCUGAGAACAGUGCAGUUGUUGAUUGUAAGACUGAUAAGGUGCCUGCGAAUCCAGCCUUUGGUGAACCAAGUCAAGUUCAUUCAUCUUCAAUCUUAGAAAAACUUUUUGGCAGUGCCAUAAAGUUAGAUGGUGGUGCCACUAAUUUUAUUGAGCAGCAUGACAAUGUGGUGGACGAUGCGUGUAGCCCUCAAAAUGCUCAAUCUUCUAAAUUUGCUCAUUGGUUUUUGCAUAACGAUAGGAAACAGGAGGAUGACCUUUCACCUAAAAGGUCAAUUGACUUGCUUUCUAUGAUUGUAGGUGGAGAAAAGGGUGGAUAUGAUGUAUCCGACGCCAAGCAUUCUGAGCAAUCUCUGCCUACAGUUGCCUUUCAUGGUUAUGAAUCUGCAGAAAGUUAUAUCACAUCAAGUGCAACAACUUCCAAUGUUGCAAAGACUGAGCCGUUUUUUAAUAAGAGUAAGCCAGAGGGUGUUUCUGCAAUCCUUACCUGUGAAGCCGUUGAACAGUCACUGCUGUCAAAAAUCGGCGAAAAUGACUCAGCUUUGCAGCUGUCUGAUCAAAGAUGGAGUCAUUCUGAUGCAUUUGUGAAACAUCCAACUGUCAAAAGUGGUGAUCAUGCGUCACAGCAUCUUCUCUCAUUGUUACAGAAGGGUUCGAGUUCAUUGAUUGCAGAAUAUGGUGAUGAUGGUGUAAAUAUAGCCACUGCAUUUCACAAUAAAAAGGAGGAAAGUACCCACAAUAUUUCAAAUCCAGGGAAGACAUUAACUCUUGAAACACUUUUUGGGUCUGCCUUUAUGCAGGAGCUUCAAUCCGUUGGAGCUCCAGUUUCAGCACAAAGGGGUUCAUCAGGUUCUGUCAUAAGCGAUGCUUCGGAUUCUCAUGGUCCAAUCACAGAUGAUGGUCUCUUGUCCAACAAUGAAAUUCGGUCCAGUAUGAUUAAUCACGAUCAUAGUGAUGAAAGACAGCAAAACCAACCAGAUAUGGUUUGUGGGCAUCGGUUAAAUCUGAAUGGCCCUCGACCUGAAUCGGAUUCUUCUCAUCCCCAUGCAAAGUUAGGACAUAAGAUUGGCAGACCAGCCGAGAUGCCCUUUCCUGAAGAGGAUAGUUUAAUCAUAAGCGAUUCUAUGAAUUUUCAAAAUCUCAUUUCUAUUGGGAAUUCUGCCAAACCUCAUCCACUGUUCUCACACAACACACAAGACAAUAAUGCUGCAAUGUUUAACCCUGCCUUCAAAGAUGAAAGGCAAAGUAUGGGAGGUCUGGAAGGGCUACCUUUUUCAGCCAACCCCUAUGAUAGGAGGGAGGCCGAACUGCCACAUCUGAAAGCUCCUGUUCAUUCCUCCUUUUCCCAGCUUCUUCCCCCACAAACGAAUAAUGGCAAGUUGUUUCAUCAAUUUGAAUCUCAUCCUCCUAACAUGAACCCUCGGGGAGAUUUAAUGUUGCCAGAAGGAAUGAUUCAUCACGACUCCCCAUCUAAUCAUCAAUUUUUGGCAAAUAUGCUUCGACCUCCUACCGGUGGAUUAUCUGGAUUUGAUCAUUCAAUUCACCACCCGAUGAUGCAGCAGAUUCAAACUUCAGCCAAUCUUCUACCACAGCAUCUACUACAAGGGUUAGCUAGAGGUGUAGCUCCGCCUUUGAUAAACAGAAGUGUACCUCUACAUCCUCACUCUGUCAGAGAUAGUGCAGCACCUCCACAACCCAACCAUCAGGUUGCUGGUUUACUGCAGGAACUCAAUUCAAUCCAAGGGUUUCAUAUUGGUCAGCAUGUGCCUAACAUUGGCGGUCCCAGAAUACCCUCGCCAGCUCCUGGUAACCAACCAGACGCAAUUCAGAGGCUUAUCCAAAUGGGACAGAGAGCAAAUUCGAAGCAAAUUCAUCCUUUUUCUGCCAGUGGUGGCCAUGGUCAGGGGAUGUAUGGUCACGAGUUGAACAUGGGUUAUGGGUACAGGUAAUUGUAACACUGUACUUCGAGCAUACUUGUUUAAAUCCUCAAUUCCUUGAUAGAAAAUGGAUACCAUUUGCUCAUCUUACUAGGACUGAGUGAGAAAUAUAAGUAAAGAAUCCUUCUUGCGGCUGUUUUGUUGA